AUGCCAGCAGAUUAUUCCGAAGAAGAGAUCAAGAACGCUCGCGAGGUGUUGUACAAUGAGGGAAUCAAGAUGAGAUACAAGGUGGCCGGAAAAGAGUAUGUCGACCAAGCUUUGAAAGCGGCCGAUCCAGAUUAUGGUCGCCACAUGCAAGAAUAUGUUACACAAGUGUGCUGGGGAUCGAUCUGGACACGACCCGGUCUCGAGCUCAAGACCAGAUCUCUCCUCAACAUAGCCAUGAUGUGCGCUUUGAAUCGCAGUCCAGAGCUCGCCGUCCACACCCGUGGUGCUAUGAACAAUGGCGCCACGGAGGAAGAAAUCAGAGAAGUGGUGUUGCAAGCAAGCUGUUACUGCGGUAUGCCGGCCGGUAUGGAGGCUUUCAAAGUGACGGGGGAGGCUAUCAAGGCAUGGUUUAAGGAGAAGGAGGCGAAGGGGCAUACUGUGGAGAGGCAUAGCGAUGUUGGUGUUGCUGACCGGAUGAAGGAGGAGGGAUUGUAG